UUAAGUAGUUGGGUUGUGGGAAUGUGAUCUUGAAUCUUAAAACAAAAAAAAAAUCAAAAUAUUAGAACAUAAUUUAAUUUUUAAUUUACAUACUGUUAAAUUCUAUAAUAAUAUAUAUAUAUUAAAUUGAAAUGGAAUCUUUCAAUGAAGCUGAGGCCCGCGUAAUUGAAGAAGUACAACAAUUAUCUCUAGAUACUACUGCGACUCUGAGACGGCUAUGGAUGGAGACUUUUGAUUUGACUACAUGUGAGAUGAAUAUAAAAAAACUACCUGAGCAUGUUAAACUAUUUUAUGAUGAAAUAAUUCAAGAAACAAAAGAUAGACAAGAAAUUAUUCGUAAUUCUAUAAAAGAUUUACAUGAUGAAGCUUCAAAUCUUCGGAGAUUGCUAAAGGUUGAUGUGACGUUAAGUCCUCAAAAAAAUGUUCCGCUUUAUAUCGUGCAAAUACGUUUAGAUGAGAGAUUACAAGAGCUUCGAAAUCAAUUGAAAAAACGUAAAGAUCAAAUUGUCGAGCUUCUUCUUGAACAAGAAAUUCUGUGUGAAGAAUUAUGUGAAAAUCCUCGGCCAUUACUUGAUGAUCCUCUACCAACAGAAGAUGAACUGGCUGAUUUCCGAUUGCAUCUUGAUACAUUAAAAGGAGAAAAAAAUAAUCGAAUAUACCUAAUGGCAAGUUAUCGUAAGGAUAUUAAAUCAUUUAUGGAGGAACUUGAAAUGCCAAUUAGAACAGAUGAAGAAGAAUACUUGAUAAAUGACAGAUCACUUGCACUGUCACAGUAUAAUAUAAACCGUUUAAAGGACUUACGUGAACAAUAUAUAAAUCAAAUGGAGGAAACACGAGAGUCGAUUGAUAGUAUUAAAAAAAAGCUGGAAAAAAUUUGGGAUUGCAUUAAUGCAAGCCCUAAAAGACGGGCCAAAUUUUCUAAAUAUACUGGUUAUUCACAAACCACUUAUGACUUUCUAUACAAAGAAUUAAAUCGCUGCGAGGCUAUUAAAAGGCAAAACAUUAAAUUUUUUGUUGAUAAAUGUCGCCAAGAAAUAGUUGAGUGGUGGGAAAAAACUAUGAAAUCAGAUGCAGAACGCUCUAGAUUUACACAUUUUACAAACGAUUGGUAUACCGAAGAUUUAUUGGCUCUGCACGAAAUUGAACUAGAAGAAUUAAAACGAUUUUAUGAAGAUAAUGAGCAAAUAUUUAACUUAAUUAGAGAGAGAAGUAUAUUGUGGAAUCGCAUGGAAGCUUUAGAGGAUAAAGCUCUUGAGCCAGGUCGUUAUAAUAAUCGUGGUGGUCAGCUCCUAAAAGAAGAAAAAGAACGGAAAACCAUAUCAAACAAACUUCCGAAAAUUGAAGAACAAUUAAAAGAACUAGUAGUGCAGUAUGAGAUGAAAAAUGGUCGCAAAUUUACAGUUUUUGGGGAUGAUAUUUUAGAAAUAAUCAGGUUGAAAUGGGAGGAGAAAAAAACAAAAAAGGAAAAACAAAUGAGCGCUCGUAAAAAUGCAGCCACGCCAACACAAAGCAGAAAUAUGUCUGUUCGUACUGCUUUAUCUGUUCCGAGUGGAAUGACUAGAACAUUAUCUGCAGCAAAAUUGGCAGUAGGCACUUUUAACAGUUCUAGCAAAAGAAAAUUACCGUUUAACGAAAAGUUGUUACCUUCAUCUAAGCGCAAUUUGGUUUCAGAACUGGAGGCUUCGAAAACUCCAUUUAAAGCCCCCUUAAAAAGAUUAAAGCCUGUAAUUGGAACAACUAUUAGAAGAAAGUCGGCUCGUUUAAGUAAUAAUAAAAAGCGUCGUUCCAAGAAUAAAUUAAUGAAGGAGGAUUUGCCGCCUAAAAUAAAAGUAAAUGAUGUAACUACCUACUCUUCAUCCGAAGCUACAAGUUAUGAUUGUUUUGAGGAAUAUAUUUUACCAACAAGUAGAUCAUCGAUAAUGCACAGCAACGAGAGUACAAUAUCGAUGCGUCGGAAAAGAGGAAAUAUUGAGAACACAACUAUAAAUCGAAAGAAUGCAUCCGCAAUUUUAAAAUUAGUAGCAACACCAUCAAAAUCAAAUGUUACUGGGCAAAUUUCUCUUAUUAACAAAAAGGAAAUACGGAGAAAUCGAGCUUUAUCGCCAGUCAGUACAAGCAGUAGCAAAAAGUUGACAACAAAAAAUUUACCAAUUAUAAUUUAAAAUUCAGUUAUCACGCUUAUUAAAAUAUAUUAUCUGUUAAAUUUAGUAACUUAUGUAUGUUUUUUCGUAUUUUUUUAUUAACGAGUUUUUGUAGUUAUAUUGUCAUUUAGUCACUUUUCAAAACAGAUUAAUUAAUU